GCUAAAAAUUUUAGUCACAUUUCUUACACGUAUUUCGAUUGGUUCUUAAUGAGGUCAAAGUGAAAGUAAAGAUGUCUGCGCCCAUGUUACAAGCAGCAACUUCGGUUGUACUAUUGGUAUUAAUCGGAUUAUGCUGUGUGUGGGCAGAUGAUGAGUUUGAAGGUGGAUCAAGAACAUUAAUCCUUGAACACAGUUUUGAUUUGGGUUUGAAUCCCACUUUUACUAAGAAAGGAACUGUAAUUUUGAAAUCAGUGAAGGGAAACAAAGCCUUUUUCUCUCCAACUGCUCCAUUAACCAGUAGUGAACUAGAUAAGCUAAAGGAAUUAGCCAGGAAUAAUGACAUUUACAGAGUGAGGUUGCAGACAGGCUCAGGGUCAUCUGGUGAAGAAUAUGUCACUUCCUAUGCACCAGCGUGUGGAAUCUUGGCCUCCAAUCUGUCUGAUCAUAUCUGGAUUCACUUUGACCAAUCUGGGGAGGUGAUGGGUAUCUCCGUGGAGACUUCCUUGUCACUGUGUAACAAUAUCAACAGCUUCUCCCUGCAGGAAUGGAACACUAGUGUAGAAGUGUCUCACACAGUGCUAGGGCCCACACCUGAUACUCAAAGUUACAUAGAAAAAUUAAAACGAGAAGAACAAGAGAGAGCAAAAGGUCAACAUGAAGACAAAAGGUCAUUUUUAGCCAAAUAUUGGAUGUACAUUGUUCCGAUCGUCCUGGUGAUGAUGUUGUCAGGAGGUGGAGAACAGCAAGGUCAAGGUGGGGGCGGCGGGGGAGGAGGAGGAAGUUAGUGAUCAUGUGACAUAUCAUGUGACGGUUAACCUUAUACAAGCAGACAUGUUGCUGGAAGCGUUAUUGUUGGGAAUAUUAGGGAGCUGAAAUAUGGCAAUGGGGGUCGAGUUUAAUCAUAAUCUGUUGGUGAUCGUUUUUACAACAUAUGAUUUCGAUUCAGUUUGUAGGGAAAACAAUAUGAUAUCUAUUACUUUUUUCUUUCUUUUUUAUGAUACCCUUUAUGAUAAGUAUGAAAUAAAUAUAGAUAAUAAAAUACUUUGUACGUCUCAUAAAGGCUGUGAACUUUCAUAAUGACCGUAAGGAAUAGCUUUUUAUCAUAAAUAUUGAUUGUAAUCAAGAAUUAUAUAUCAUUUGCAUGUAAACAACACUAUGUUUGUGACAUUACUCAGUAUGUGCGCUUGUGUAUGAUUUACAUGUAUGUAUGUCGUUGGAGUGGUAAUUUUUGUGUAAUGAGAUCACUUGAAUAGAAAUGGAGCGUAUAUGUUUCAAAGUAAAUUUUUCUGAAAUGAAAUCAGAAUACUGACCAGUGACCACAAUGUUACCAUAUAUUGCAUGGUUGGAAAAAUGUGAUCUGUUUUCCGACUUCAUUUCAUAAUGCUAUCAUUAGUCCGAAAUAUCUGACGUUUUCCAGGCUUUUUUACGAUUUUGAUAUUUGACGUGCCUGGAAAACCAGGCACGUCAAAUAUCAAAAUCGUAAAAAAGCGAUUUUGAUAUUUGACGUGCCUGGUUUUCCAGGCACGUCAAAUAUCAAAAUCGUAAAAAAGCCUGGAAAACGUCAGAUAUUUCGGACUAUGCUAUCAUGUGUAUAGAUAGCAUGUUCUAUUACAUUAUACGAGUAUAUAUACUCUUAUGUAUCCUUUUCCUGCAAAGUAAUAAUAAUUGGCUGAUUAUUUAUUUUUAGUAAGAUGAAAAAUAUGUAUUUUGAAGUUCAUACGAACACUUCUAGAUUCAUCGCUGUUUUCUGUUAGGAAGAAAUUGUCUUAAUUGUGUAAAAGUGUUGUAGUGGAAUAAACGUGUAUUUCAUCUUG